ACAGUUGAGAAGUACACUACACCAUGCUAGCAAGUAAUAAGUCUAUAAAGGUUUACAAUGUCUCCAUCGUAUACAAGUGCUGUCAUCAUUAUUGGGCAAGGACGUCUGGGUAUGCAAAUGAGUAGCUUUCGUGUCCGAGGUGUGCAGUGAGUACAGGCAUUCCUUUCAGGUACGCUCGGGAGCUAAAUUAAUAUCGGUCGGUAGGUUGAAUCGUAAGUUAGAAGUUCGGCUCCAGCAUGGGGAACAUGUUUAAAGGCAUGGGCAGGUGUGCUAUGAUAUUUUGGCUUGCCGUAAUUUUUGACGUUGUUGGAUUCGUUCUACUUUUAGUUGGGAUUUUUGCGGGCGUGCAGCUGAACGGACAGAGUUAUGGAGACUUUUUAAUUUAUACCGGUUCUAUUAUCAUUUUCCUUAGCUUGAUAUGGUGGUUGUUUUGGUAUACAGGAAAUAUCGAAAUUUCUUUUGAAGAGCUGGAGAAAGGUUCUAUUCAAAAGAAAAGUAGCUUUGUCCAACUAGCACGGAAGUUUUCAGAGCGGUUAUCCCAAAGUACCAAAUCUUUUGGGAUUGGUGACAGAGCAGACUUGAGAAAACAGCCGCUAGGCAACAGCGAUCAGUCCGGACAUUUGUCGACUGGCACCUGGGACUGUGUUUAUGUUAACAAAGGGUUUUCUAACACAGAACCGGGUCUCCAAAAUCCUUCAGAAGAGAAAUACUUAGAGUUAUCAACAACAGGAAAUUCGGAAAUGCUAUCUACCAUAACCGAAAGAAAUGAUAACAGUUUGAUAUAA